AACUUUAUCGUUUCUUCCUUAUUUUCCUGCAUUGCACCUUCCCCCGGCGGCCAAUGAGCGGCGGGGCUGGCGGCGGCGGCGGCCAAUGGGCGGCGCGGUGCCAGGCGGCGCAGGGCCAUGUCAACAGAAGGUCAGCUGACAGUGGCCGCUGGCGCCCCCGUGUUCCCGUGUUGCUGGUGAGGGCCGUGUUGCCGCCAUGCAGGCCGCGCAGGUGCAGGCGGCGGUGGGCACGUACGCGCUGCUGGCCUGGUUUGGCCUGUACCUGGGGGUGGCGGGCGUCCUGCGUACCUGGGGGCGGACCCGCGGCCUGUCCCUCGCCCACCGCGCCCGCAUCGCCGAGAGCUUCGUGUCGGGCGUGCAGGGCGUGGCGUGCGGCGUGGUGGGCGUGCUGGCCGUGGCCGCCUGCUGGCACGACGUGAUGCGGGAGAAGUACCCGCCGGCCGUCUACUACUCGUCCAUCGGCACGGCCUACUUCCUCUACGACCUCUGGGCCAUGUACCGCAGCCACAACGCCCGCAACCCCAGCACCUCCGUGGGCGCCGCGCUGCUCGCCUACGCCAAGAAGGACUUCCUGAUGAUCAUCCACCACCUGACCAUCGUGGCAGUGCUCUUCCCGGCCAUUGUCUACCACUCUCCCAUGGGCCACUUCUUCCUUGGCUGCUUCUACUGCACGGAGCUCUCCACGCCCUUCGUCAACGCCCGCGUCAUCCUGAGCCGCCUGGGCCUCAAGAACUCCACCGUGUACGUGGUGAACGGCAUCCUCAUGAUGACCGUGUUCGCCAUGUGCCGUGUGGCCAUGUUCCCUGUGAUGUAUGCCGUGUACCUGAGCCAGCAGACCCACGCGCCCUCCCACACCCACGCCCUGGCCGCCAUCCCUGUCACCUGCCACCUCUCCUGCCUGCUGGUGCUGGCGCCUCAGCUCUACUGGUUCAGCAUGAUGGUCAAGGGGGCUGUGGCCGUGCUAAAGACUUCUCCACAGCUCAGCAAAGACCACUGAUAAUGGAGAGACAACAGUUUAAUGGAGAGAAACAGUUAUUGUAUAUACUCAGCUAAUUCUCAAAACUUUCAACAAUAUCCAAGUUUUAACUUUAUAUGGAUUCUGUAUUUGCAGGGAAGUUUAUGCUUGAAUAGAAAAUGCAAUAUAGUCCUAUAUUUUGAUCUUUAAUAUUAUUUACAAAAUGCAACAAAUUACCCGACACACAAGGGUGUGAGGAGACUAGAUGCCAGGUGGCAUACAUGUGGCAGCUCCUUCUGUCACAGCCAUUCAUUCCUUGGGAAGGAGGCAGUACAUACAUUUAAAGACAGCAGGACUUGGUCACUUUCUUCAAAACAAGUCAUUCUGAAGGGCUUAUUAAGACAAAGUGCCAUAAAAUAGUUUGCUGAAUGACUAUGAUUAAAAAUUAUGACUGUACAAAGUACCUUAUAGUUUAGUAUGAAUUUGGAAAUUAUUUGCACAGUUCCUACUAAGUGCAUCUUUGAAUAGCCAUCUUACACUUUCACUGCUCCUCCACAUACAUGCACUGUGUGCUCAUGCACGUUAACUUUUAUCAUUAACAUAAGACACUGUCUUCCACUUAGACAUGCAUGUGUCAUUGCAAAUACAAAUACAAAAUUUAUGUCUGAAGACAGUCACUAUAACAAAAAAGCAACAUAUAUAUCCAUGAGAAUAACUGUUUCAAGGUAGACAAAACUCACCCAUGCACACUGUGUAGUAGGUCCAUGAUGAAGAAAUAUAGUUCUCCGGCCCAUGGGCGCAAGACAUUGUCUUUCGAGGAAGGUCACAGCCUGAGACAAAACUAUCAUGACGCGUUAACUGAUUGCUUUUCAUUGUGAGAACGAUUUCUGUGUCAAAGACAACAAAAUGUGUUUAUGUUUCUGGUUCCCUGAAUUUUCAGCAUUUUAUUGCCAACUUUUGUGUUACAAUGUGUUGAUAUGGAUUGUCAUAGAUUAUUUGUCAAAAUAAAACAGUAUUUAGUAAGAACAAGAGUGUGGGUAAAAGGAUAUUACAAGCAAAGUGUGCAGAGGCAUAUUACUGUUAUCUAACAGGGAACCUAUAUUAAAUGGAUAAUUAUGUGUGUGUUUGUGUGUGUAUGUAUGUAUAUAUGCAUGUGCGCUUUUACAUGAAGUGUGUUGGAAUAUGAAGAAUGUGGUAGUUUUGCAUAGUACUAUAUAUAUAUCUGAAAAGCUCAUUUUAGAGUCAGUUUGCUAACAAGCUCUGUAACACAUUCUCCGGGCAGCAUUGAGCCUCAGUUCUAGGAGUUAAUUGCUUGUGGGUAUACCAGCUGACCAGCAUUUUUCCACCCAGACUAAUCUGAACUUUUUAUCACUCAUCCCAUUACACGCGUGGAUUUAAUUUUGAGAUUUUCUGGCAACACUUUCACAGUGCCUUUCUUGACACAACAGUGCCAUCUGUCUGCUCAUGCAUAAACCAUACAGUUACCAGGUACUUUACUUGUAUUUUUAUCAUGAUUUGUAGUGAAAUAAUUCAGUUUCAAAUACGUAUGCAUCAUUUUACUGUUUGACCAAAGUUGAAAUUUUGUUGUUUUAUGUAGCUGAAAGUUACGAUCAAAAGAUAUAAUCAAAAAGCCUAGUUUAAAGGGUUACAGACACUCCUCACUACCUUUUUAAGUAUUCCUGACCAACCUUUGCUCUAUUGAAUAUAUAUUGAAUAGUAUAACAUUGUCAGCAACAUGAAAUGCUGCAAAUAUACGUUUAUAAUUGUCUAUUCAAUGAUUUCCGUACAUGAUUGUGUAAAUGCAAUGUGUGCCGAUGUGAUUACAUUUCUAGGCAGUUCUAGUGUUUAGAUUCUCACUUGUUACUAAUUAGAUUCAGACCCAAGAGCACUGUUGCCUUGCAUUCCACAGGGCAAGUCACCACAGGGCCCUAUCUCAGUGCAUACUUGACUCUCUAUUUCAUAUCAACUUGUGAUACAAAUACCAAAGAUUUGAGCUGCUUCUCAUUAGUAAAAUACAAAAUAUCCCCCACCCAAGUUGUUGAUCAUUUAUAUAUUUGCAUUAGUACUUAGUAAAAGGUGACCAGAACCAUACAUCACAUGAGUGGCCAUUUUGGUGUCUGUGCCAUCACACAAGAAAUUAGUAAACACUGUGAGGCAGCAUGUGAGAAGCAGGAUGGUUUGACAAUUCUCACACACCGUUGAUACUCGUACGGGACAUGAAACAUACAAUUGAGCCACCAAGACCAGCAUCUAGUCUCAGUUUCUUGCCAAAUGAUUAUCUCACCUUUCCUCCAGUCAAAGCAGUUGCCCUCUAAGCAUAAAAUAGUACGACUGUCUGGGCGACUCCUCUCAAACUGACGCUAGCUAUCCAGUUCCUCAUUACCAUCACAUCGUACUCAUUCCAUGUAAUUAUGAUCAGUACCCAGUCUUUGGGUCGUGUAUACCUACAUGUUUUUAGCCUCUCCAUAUAGUAUUCGCAUUUUUUCUUGAGAUUUUUAUUGCGUCACUUAAUGGUGGGCGAGGCGACAUGUCCCUCGGUGUAUGCCCCCCAUUGACUGACUGAUUAACUUAAUGGAGUACUAUUCAAGCCUAAAGCUUUAUUAACACAGCAGGAGAAUGGCAAAAUAGUGCUUCGGGAGGUGCAUUUUUCAUAGUUAGAUUUUUUUCGGUCCUUAAUUUUACAAUACCCCCUAAACCUGUCCAUAACUGAUGCCCUGUUCAUUAUGGAAAGUUCCCCUGACGGAGUGGCCUCGGCAAGUAUUCAGUUUUUUGUUCAUACACUUGUUUGCAGGAUCAAUGCCUCCCCUCCCUCCUUCCAUGUAUUCUAUAUCCCUGUUAAUCCAUCAAUGUGGCGGUCAUCCAGCAACCCCACGCCCUUGUAUAGGACCCUGAAAAACCUCCUUCACACUUCAAGGACUUAUUCAGAUGCUUGGAAAAUUCAUGGAAUUAUUAGCUGCUGUCUUACAUAAAUAUUAUCUUAUUUCCCCAUAUGAAUUCCUAAACAUGUUUCAUACUUUUCACAAAUAUAUUCUUGUAUGGAAACCCAUUAUCAUGCAACUGUUUUUGAUGGUAACACAAAACUGGAUGGUGUGACCCAAUUUUCUUGUUAUCUUUCCAGCAGUGUUGAUGUACAUCUGUUAUUUAUUGGUGUUCAUAUCACAUCGAUUAUUCAUUACAGCUUGAAAGAAGGUUCUGUUAUAUCCAUGAUAAGAUCAAAUGCAUUUGGAGUUUCCCUGUAGGAAUGAAUAUCACGUUUCCUGCCUGAUCAUAUUGUUUUUAAUUAUAAACUCAUCUUUUGUGUGAAAAAAGGAAAAUGGCAUAAUCUAUUGAGAGAAGAAAGCAGUUAUUUGAAGUAAAUAUAUUUACAUAUGGUAAAUGCUUCCUGUACACGAAUUGUCCACAAUGAUUGUGAUAUUAAUGUAUUAAUAUUGCCUUGUAUUUUCUAUGUGUGAGGAGAAUCGGGUGAUAAUUACGUGCAUUGUAAAGGUGAGAGGCUCGCUGCAUCACCUGAAGCUCUGUGCCGAGAGCAGUGGCGAGGCGGCAGUGAUGGGCUGUUCAGUGUUGUACUGCAGGGAACCUUUUCACUCCAGAAAGUUUCGUGCAGUACAAAAAGAUCAGAUUGAGCUUGUAUUUGGAGUGCUAAUCCAAUGGAAACUAUACUGGUGAUACUUGAUUAGGUCUUAAAAGUUUUCAAUGAAAGUUUUAUUGAAGUAUUAAUGUAUUUUCAUAGGUAAGCUGUUGCUACCCUUUUUGUAAAAGUAUGUAAUAAUGUUCAUCAAUUUAUAUUGUAAUACUAAAUGUUAAAUCAUGAAA